AACGAGAAAACGGGGAGCCCUUGCGUGGGCAACGUGCAGUCCAAAUAAUAACAUCAAUGGGUUUUUCCCAUUGAAAUGUAUACGACGGCGGGAGAAUUCUAACAUAACCAGCGGAUCCAUGUAAAUUCUACGCUGGAACAUAACAACAUAAAGUCGAUGAACAGUGCGGCAUCGACAUUAUUUUUUAACGAACCGCGGAGUAAGGCAAGUGUGAAUUUCGGAAAGCGGGGGGCACAGAACGUCGAACCGAUUUAUUGGUUUCAAUUAAAACAACUUGUUUCGACGUUUAAUUAUUGGCUUUAAGUGACAUCACAUUUGAUUGUUUGUAACCAGUGAGUGGAGACGGUGGUUUCAAGGUGUUCGAUUUUCUGUUUACAUUCUGUACACAGUCCACCAUCUACCAUGGUUUCAAGAAAAACAUGUUUUAUAUUUAUGACAUUAAUACUGGCAAUCAGCAGUCAAAACAUUUCAAAUUCAGUGAACGACUUUGCAGUGAAUCUGUUGGCAGUCACAACAUCCGAGGCUGGUGACAACUUGAACGUGGCUCUUUCGCCCUUCACGAUAUGGACGUUGCUGACGAUCAUUUCGGAAGGUGCGGAAGCCAACUCGCUGAAACAACUGGUCAACGUUCUAAAACUGAACAACCACAAUUUGAAACAGAUCAGAGCCGAGUACAGAAAUUUGCUCAGCAGUCUCACCCAAGAUGCUGACGGGACGCACUUGGAUUUUUCGAGUGCCAUCUUCACCAACAAUAAAUACAAACUGAGGGAGACGUUCCAGAGGACUGCUCAGCAAUUUUACGACGUCAAAGUUCAGCCCAUUGACUUCAAAAACAAAGCAGCCGUGCAACAAAUCAACAAAUACAUUGAAAGCGGCACGAAGAACCGAAUCAAAGGACUGGUAAAAGAAUUCGAUAUCGUGGAUGCCCAAAUAUUUUUGACGAGUGUCUUGUACUUCAAAGGAGAGUGGAAGACGCCGUUCAACAAGACCGCCACCAAAACCGACGCCUUCUACGACGAGAAGAACAACAGAAUAGGAAAUGUUGAGAUGAUGUACCAAUCUCACACGUUCCCCUUCUCCAGAAUUGACGAAAUUAAAGCGUUCGCCGUCGAAUUACCCUACGGAAGAGAUGGAAAAAUGUCAAUGAUCAUUAUUUUGCCUUACAAAGGCAAUCACGUUUCCAAUACGCUUAAUUUGUUGUCCAGAGUCACGUUUAAACGGGUCCUAGACCUUCUAGGAGAUGCGGAAGAACAGUACGUUGACGAAGACGUGCAAGUGUACCUGCCACGUUUCAAGAUUCACUCCGAAUUUUUCAUGAACAGAGUACUAAUUAAGAUGGGUAUAAAAGAUAUUUUCAACUCCCAAGACGCUGAAUUACUGGGAAUUUUGGAUCAGUAUUUGUACAUCACCAAACUCCUACAAACAGCCAACAUUGAGGUAGAUGAAGAAGGCUCUAUUGCUUCGGCAGCUGCAGGUGCGUCCUUCGCUUACAAAUCGCCGCCGCCGAAAUUCCAGGCGAACCACCCAUUUUUGUAUUUUAUCGUUGACAAACCGACACAAAGUAUUAUUUUUGCGGGAAAACUCAGCAAUCCAUCAACUAUUUAAAGAGUAUUUAUAUAGUAUGUAGUUCCUAAUUUAAUCUAUAUUUUACGAAUAAAGUAUUUAAUUUUUUACAAUAUCUGUGGUACGUAGCCGUUUGUUGAAUAUAGAUUAUAACUUUUAUGA